AUUGGAAGAAGGUGGGCGAUGAGCAAUGUUCUUACAAAAUUCGCUUUCAUGCAAAUCGCGAAAUAUUACGUGCAACUCCAUUGAUCGCUAAGAUUUUACUUAAUAAGAAGUCAUUGUUAAGUUAAUAAAUUAAAUUUAUUAAUUUACAACAGAGAGAACUAUUUUUUAGUUGAAUUCACAUAGGACUUUCACCGGAUACAUCGAUAAUUAGAUUAUUCAUUUAGAGGUUGAAAAUCUCAAGUUAUAAUAUAAAAGUUUGAUAUAAUCUUACAAUGUAUGCGUGCGUAUGGUCAGUUACUCUUUUAACUCUGUGAUGUACUGUGUGGUUCGUUUAAGUGACAAAGCAAAAGCGUUGGCUCCCACUCGACACUAUUAUCCCAUCCGUGAUUACGUUGCGCCGGGAACUGGGCACUCUUCUUAGUUGCCGCGGGGACUCCAAAGCGGUAAAUACGGAGUCGCGAAUCCUGCUCCGCAUCAUUUAUCUCCAAGAUUUCGAUCUGAAAAUGGUGCAGCAGGAUUUGACCUAGGUGUUGGGGCCGGUGGAACAACUUAGUGACUGGGAGAUGGGCCUAGUGAGCCAGGUGUGAAGACAGGCUGACUCAGUGUAGUGCAGUGUGGUGUAGUGUCUAGUCAGUGUGUUUUGAGCCGGUAUGCCCUCCGUGAUGUUGUCUGCGGUAUUAGAAGAGGAGCCCGACCUAUAUGAGGCAUUCCCCCCUCAUGUUGAUCCAUCCGGAAUAACAAUUUUAACAGACAGCCCUCCAGGCAAGAAAGCGCCUCUGAAGACCUUCGAGGAACUCCAGCCGCUCCUCCAGCAGGGCCGCAAACGGGAUCUCAAACUGCUCAUCAGAGAGAACUCCUGGCCUAUCAACAGCCCCAUACGAGCGUCUCUCUGGCCGGCACUCUGCCGUCAGCACCAACAUGGAAAAUCUAUGCUCGAUGGUUUCUAUUGGGACAUGGUUACACAGGUAUUCGGGACAGUGGAGCUGCCGGACAAACCGAUCAUGCUGCCACCGUUCGUGGAGGCGACCCACUGUCUGGGUUACCAUCUGACUCGCAAGGGUCGCGCGGUCGCGGACAGGGUGGUCUCUGUCCUGGGAUACGCCUGCCCGGACAUCACAUACAGCCCCAGCCUCUAUCCCAUCACUGCUGCACUACUGCACUUCAUGCCUGAGGAGGAAUGCUACCACUGUAUGGCCAGUCUGGUGGCGUCCAAGGAAAAGAUGUUCAUAACACAGACAAAACUACUCAACGAAGUCACAUGGAAGACUGUUAUGCAGAUCGCUAAAAAACAUGCCAAGUCGGCCGCCCAGCAUCUGUCUCGAUUGUCUGGUACCAUCGGCCCGGAGCGCAUCUACGCUGAUUGGCAGUGGUGGAUAUUGGCAGCGCUGCCAUUCCCACAUCUUGUUAGAGUGCUCGACUGCUUCUUCCACGAGGGGAUGAAGGUAUUCUACAGGGUAGCCCUCGCGAUACUUAUCCUGUUCCAAAAGCACUCGAGCAACCAGAGCUCGGAGUGGUACGCGGAGGCCACCAAGAACGGGGUCGACCACGCCGUGGACAAGUUCUGUAGGAACAUGCCCGCCUCGCCAACCAAACUAUUAAGAACCGCCUUUAGUAUAAGGGCCUUGAGCUCCCAGUACAUAUCCAGGGUGUUCAUAAAGACGGAGAUGACACUCAAGUCGAAGCAGGUGAUAUCUGGCCUGAGGCUUGUGCGUUCCCGUUCGUCCGAUAACUUGCCGACGAGCCAGUCACAAGUCAACAUACAGAUGAUGUCACACACGCUCACCAUACGAGAGAAAAUGUCUGAGGAGACGUGCAAACAGAUGGGCUCCCAUUCGCCGGGCCCUCGAGCCCUAUCGAUGGGCGUUUAUCCGAUUCAAGCGAUCAAGUCGCAGAUUCUAGACCAGAGCGAAUUAUUCACGUUGUGGUCGUGGCUUCCGAUACGUAUCACCAUGUAUCAGCCUGUGCUGCUCUACACCACCGAGGAGCACGGCUGUUCAUUGACAACAUUCUACGUCAGAGUGGAACACCAUGAGCCAACGUUACUCAUGAUUAAGACUUGUAAUAAUGAGGUAUUUGGAGCGUAUUGUUCGACGCGGUGGUUCGAACGGAACCAAAAAGACGAACGUGGUAACAGACAAGCGUACUUCGGCACUGGAGAGACAUUCCUCUUCAGCCUUUACCCGGAGCGCGCCAAAUAUCCGUGGGUGGGGUGCUCUAUGGGGCUGGAGGGGAAGGGGGAGGAGAGGGUUUCCCACGGCUCGGAGUUGUUCAUGGCGGCUGACUCCAAGAUGAUCACCAUAGGAGGCGGUGACGGUCAGGCCAUUUGGAUGGACGAGAACAUCCGCUUCGGUAAGACGGACCGCUGCUCCACCUUCAACAACCCGCCGCUCUGCCCGGCCGGCGACUUCGAGAUCCGCGUGCUCGAGGUGUACGGCUUCUCCGGCGCAUAAGAAUCUCGCCACUAUUCAUCCGCACCCGAGAGCGAUAGUCGCGUGCAUUCGGAUACACCCCAUCGCAGCCUCCGACGUCACCCGACUUGGAUCGUGCACGCGAUUUUAGUCGAUAUUGCGAUGGGUCAGGAUCGAUUGUCGCCCGACCCGACCGCUCCCGUACAUCCUGACCCCGUUUGUAUUGAUUACAAAGCAUAUCUGUCGAUGUAUCUUCAUGAUACAGAGAUGUCCGCGUCGGUUGUAUUUGAUAUACUCGUUUUUUGUUACGUACCGUAUGUGAUGUAGCCGCGACCCCGGAGAUAGAGGGAACACGACUGUCCGCGAAGACAACGAACGAGGGGAAACUAGGUUGUUAAUAAUGUGGUUAAUAUACAUAUAUAUAGAAAUAUAAAUAUAUUGAUGUCUGUGUAUAAGUACAAAUGGAUGUGUCGUCGUGUAUCGGUUGGAUACGCCUAAGGAGAGCGCUGGCGGCCGGGGGACCAUCGUGUGAACAUUCCAGUGAUUGAGGUCCCCGCGCCCGGCCACGGGGAAUCGGAUCUUAUAGUGACGGGCGCAAGGUUCGUAAUCAAUUGGCAACGACAGUAUUCGGUAUAUAGAUGUAUUCGUAAUCGCUUAAGGCUUUUCUCUUAAUGUUUAGUCGAACACUUAUAAAUCGUCUCGCUCACAAAAUGUACCAAAGAUAACGUAGCCUUCUAUAGACUGUGGCCGUGGAACGCUACUCGCGUGUCGCCGGCUGGUGUUGUCUAUGUCCAAUAGUUAUUACCUGUGUCGCCCGCGUAACGGCGGGGGACGUGGACGCGUUGUCGUUAUAGGAAGAGCGGCUUUGUCGAAGCAUAUCCCAACAGUCGAUACAUAUCGUUAUAGUAGGCAUGUCGCGCGGUCGCUCGACGCCCGUUAAGUUCCACCACCACUUGUCUAUGGAAAUUUGAAAUAUUUGAUGGAUAUGUGGUUAUAAAACGUUAAAAGUUUGCUCUAUGAUACAUAAGCUCGGAGGUUUGGUCAAUAUAGUCUAAGCUCUAUCAAUAGACACUGCCAGUCUAUGCGUUACAAGUAUUAUUUUUACGAAAUAGUUCGAUGGGAAUGUGCCAAAAACGGACCAUUUUGAAAACUCGGCUGGAGUGGUAUUGUCUAUGGUGUUGCUUUAAAAAAAUUAAUAUUUACAUUGAUGUUAGAUAUAUUUUGAUGGGUGUACUAAAUAUAUACGAGAGAGUAGUCUUCGCGUGUUUUUAAUGAAUUGUGUAGCUUUUUUUAAAUGAUAUAAAUGUUCAAAUUGAUAACGUAACGCAUAUACAGGGUGUCCGUCGCCUCGGCACAUAUCCCCGCCCGCGCAGGUACAGCGACUGUUUCGCCUACAAGUAUGUAAAUAAUAAUUAUUUACGUCUUCACGCAUUCAGUUUAUUUUGUUUUUUUUUGUUUAAAUUUAAUGCGAUAGAAAACUAUUUUAUAUAUAGAGAGUGUUAUAUGGACAGCGUUAUCUGUGUAAUGAUUUGUUUAUGUGCGGAGACGCCAGCGAGGGCCGGCUCUCGGCACUGUCGGUACAUGCGACGCGAUUCUGAAGCCUAAGACUUGUUUUAAAGAAAUUCAGAUUAUUUAUAUAAUUUAUUAAGUAGUGUAACCGUAACGUAUAUGAUUGUAUAUUAUUGGUUCGCCUUGUGGACAGUGGCCGCUACGGUCACGUGUUACGUUUGAGGGAAUAUAUAAUAUUAUUCUGUUCGCUCAGUUGUUUGAGUACCGCCGGCACCCUAGCGCUCCUCGUCGUCAAACCGAACACGCGGCGUUCAGAGUGUUCCCGCUGUCCGGUUUGUCGGCGGCGACGCGUGCUAGGCGCUGUCGGCGUCGGCGCUUGCGUUGUCUAGGUCGUCCGCUCCGCUGGAGGCGCCACUAGCGUUGUUGCUGUUAGUAAUUUAUCGUUGAUCAGUGUAAAGUCUAGUCUUUAUCCUGUUUUUUUUUUUAUUUUAUUCUUAAUCGAUAUAUACGAAUUGAUAUUUAACGUGCGAUAUAGCUCCGUUCGGGGCCAGUGGUUAGUUAGUGUAUAAGUACAUUAAAUGUAAAAAAAAUAUUAUAUACAGUUAUUAAUGUCUGUUCUCCCUUUCAGUAUUUGUGCGUGCGUGUUGUCGGCCGCGUGUUUGUGAUGUAUGUAGCGCUUCGUACUGUUGAUGUACUUUUACAUUCGAGUAGUUUUAGUCGCCCAGCGGUGUCAAACUCGUUAAUGAUAAUGUAAAUGUUGCUUUAUAAUGUCUACAAAAUAUAUAAUCCCAUAUA